GAUGAACCCUUGUCUUCGGUGCCACAAAGAAAUCAUAAGAUGUUCAAUCUACAUAGAAUUAACUGCUAACUUCAGGGGGGAAGCUUUUAAACAGAGAAGUUUGACAUUUGAAUUAUUUUUCUGGCUUGGAACGUGUCUAUCACAUCUUCUUUCUCCACUUCCACCGACUGGGCGCACUUGUCAUUUCCAAGAUCAUUGGUAAUCAUUUUGACAACAGCUUGCGCAAGGACAAGUUUUCCUUGGCAGCAUAACCGGAUUCUUUUUUGUACGAAACUCGCGAUCCGUGAGUGGUUUAAUGGAUAUUUGAUAAAACUCUAAGAGACAAUGAAUGCGACAUUUGGAAAUUUGACUUUUAAUGGCACAGAGUACUCCGGUUCAUGGACAGAUGCUUCCUUACAUAUAAUUGAAGUGUUUUCUUUGCUUGUCUACGUCGCCGUGUUCGGAGUCGGCGGCGUGUUAGACAUUUUUGUCAUCUACGUAAUGUUACGAAGUGGACAACUAAGGAAAAAUUUUGCCAGCUUUUUACUUUUUCAUUUAUCUGUGACUCAUCUACUGUUUCAUCUUGUAAUCGUCAUGAAUUUUUACGGGGGUCUGCUUCAUAGAGAUAUUCAGUCUUGUAAGGCGUUUGUCUUUGUCGACCGCGCAUGCCCAGCCGCUAUUUUUAGCACGUUAGCUGCUAUUGCGUGGGAUAGACUCAAAAACAUCUUACAGCCUUUUAAGAGCCUGAUUUACAGACCCCUUCGUUCAUAUUUAAUAAUGACUGGAGUCAUUUGGGCCUAUGCUGUGUUAUCUUCCAUUUCGUUUGUUCACAGUGUGAAGGUACAGACUGUGAACUAUUGUCGGGCAGAAAACAACAGUGAUUCAUGUAGACAGUAUAUGUUCUGUGACACAUCGCGAUCUACUUGGCAAAUUCAGCUUUCCGAGACGAUUUAUUUUUUUGUGGCGUUUAUCAUGCCUCUUUCCUAUAUAGCAGUUGCGUACACAAGAAUUGCAGUUCGCUUGUGGAACAGAAGCAAAAAUGGAGCUAUUCACAGCGCUGUGGCGAAACACAAGUCAAAAUCUAUUCGCUUGUUGGUUGUAGCCGUGUUUGGCUUCGUUCUUUGCUGGGGACCAAGUAUUUUGGGCAGCAUGUUAGAUAAAUUUCAAGUUUUUGACGGAGUGCCUGGAGUGACGAAAUAUUUUUUAAUGAUAUGGUUCAUGUUUAUCGCACCGGCAUCAAGCUCUUGUGUUAGUACUGCUGUAUACGCUUUUUUUUGCCCUGAAUUUAGGAAAAAUAGCAUCAAAUUUGCUUGUUGUUGUUGUUAUUGUUGUUGCUGCUGUAAAUCGUCCCGUAAUCACCGGAUUAGUCCCGAUGACGAGAUACGUUUACAAACAAGAACGUGGCAAACUUCGAUACGAAGACAGCAGGUCGAUCAGAAAUGAAGAAAUAUUUGCUUUCUUCAGUGGUUGAGCCCCGAAUAAUUUGGGAUCCAUGUCAGUGGUAUAAGCGUAAGAUAGACACAUCAUGUUCGAAAACAUGUAAAGCACACACAUAAGGCAACCUUCAUACUUCAGUUGCAUUGUAGAGGAAGAUUGUAGGAGUACAUUAUGUUUUCCCAUAUUUAACGUAGCUAGGAAUGACG